AUGUCGGUAAAUAUAUUAGAGGCACUUACAUUCAUAAGCACCGAAACAACUACGCCAGAAUUAAUACAAACAUGUAAAGAUCUUCAGAAAAGACUAGCUUCAGAUCCAUCUGACAUUCAAGAUGUAGUGAAAAAGUUAUCUGAAUUUAUCCUCAAGAUUGACGAUGCUAAAUUAUUCAAGAAAUAUCUUUCCAAUAUACUAUUAGCACUUAUAUCUGCUAAAAUACCAUUGAAACCAGUAUUUUCUAACCCAAACUUUGAAACCUGUAAUGACAAUGAAAAGAUAAGCCAUUUAGAAUAUUCCAUUGUGCUGGCAGCAGUCAGUGAACAUCCUGAUAUAUUACAAUAUGCUUUGAAGUAUUUUAAAAUCAAUCAAGUACCACCUUUUGAAGUGUUUAUUCGUCAUGAGGAUUCAUAUAAUGUUGCUCCUAAAAAACGGCGUCUGCUGGAUUGUAGGCAGAAAAUUGAUGACCAACAUAUAGUAUCAUCUUGUUAUACAUUGCUUAGCAAGUUGCCUAAUGAGUUGUCGUCUCAAUGGGACUGGACUAACUUUAUCAAUAAUUUUGCCAACCAUGAGGAUGCAGAAGUGAGAUGGAUGGUGAAGGAAUGCAUGGCUAUUCUCACCAAUAUGACAGAAGCACAAUCAAAAGUACUUUUAAGUACUUUAAACAUAAAUCGACAUGUAUGCCAGGAUAAUAUUAUAACAAGAAGCAAAGAAGAGCCUGUCUGCCCUUUGAAUGGAGUACUUAAAUGUGACUUGAGUCCUGAGACUGUUGUAAAUGUUGAUAGUAUAUUGUUACCAGUCUUUGAAAAAAAUAAUGUUCAAUCUGGAAAUUUAGUACCUGUGAAAUCAACUGUAAACAAUCUAAGGAGUUUAGCUUUAGCAGUUGCAUCAGGACAAGCUAUCUGUCUAAUGGGUCCUGUGGGAUCUGGCAAAACAUCCUUAGUUGAACAUUUGGCUGCUAUAACAGGACGUAAAGGAGUGGCUUUUAAAAAAGUGCAACUUGGUGAUCAGACAGAUUCGCGUAUGCUAUUAGGUUCACAUCAAUGUACGGAUGUUCCAGGGGAGUUUGUUUGGAUGCCAGGUGUUUUGACUGAGGCUGUACAAAAUGGGCACUGGCUGCUUUUGGAAGAUAUAGACUGUGCCGCUUUGGAUGUGGCUUCAACGUUAAGUACCCUUUUAGAAAGAAAUUCGCUGUGUGUUCCUGGUUUUAGGGAUUCCUUGCCUGUCACCCCUGGUUUCCAACUAUUCGUCACGCAAAGAAUACUUACGACGAGUUAUGGUUUCCAGAAAAAAAUAUCCAACUCCAGUACGUUACUUCAAAAGCAUUUAACACAAAUUAAUGUAGAACCCCUAUCUAGAACAGAGCUAGGAGAAAUCAUACAAACCUUGUACCCAGCCCUUACAAGUAUCUGUUCUAGAAUACUUGAAGUAUUCAUGUUGUUUUCUGUGGGCAGUCACGAUACGUCGUUACAGACCACCGAAAUAGUGACUAAUCGAAACGACAAAGAUCUGUUACUCCUAAGAGGGUCAAGACUGAUAUCAACAAGAGACUUAUUGAAGUGGUGCUCUAGAGCUGUCGUUGAUUUUAAUGUAUCAUGUCCUGAAUCAGCUUUAAAAGUAUUACAAGAUGCUUUAGACAUUUUCACUUGUUCGGUGUCGUCUCCAGAACAUAGAUUGGAAUUGGCAAAAAAAGUUGGCUUAUUACUUGGUAUAGUAGAAACAAAAUCGGAAUUUUAUUGCAAACAUUAUAAGCCAAAUGUGUCUUUAAAUGGGAGAUAUUUAGAAGUUGGUAGAUCGAAGGUUCCUAGAAUAGAAAAGAGCCUAGAGGCUAUAAAUUUUGAUAAUAAGGAAACAGUAUUUUCGUUUACGCGUCAAUCAGCAUGUUUGCUUGAGAGGAUAGCUUGUUGUGUCACGUCGAAUGAGCCGGUAUUACUUGUUGGAGAAACGGGUACGGGCAAAACGUCUUCAGUGCAAUAUUUAGCAAAGCAGACCGGCCACAAACUGGUCGUAAUUAAUAUGAACCAACAAUCUGAUUCAGCUGACCUACUUGGUGGAUAUAAACCUGUUGAUAUGAAGUACAUAAUUCGUCCUAUAAAACGCCAGUUCAAAGACCUUUUUAAAAGUUUUUACAAUAUAGAAAAAAAUAAAAAGUUUUUGGGACAUAUUGAUACCUGUUAUGAAACUGAAAGCUGGUCUGCUUUAGUGACUUUGAUGAAGCAGAGUCACAAGGCGGCAAUUAGCAGACUGACCGUUGAAAACAAGCACGCUAAACUUCAACCGUGGUUAGCAUUUGGUUCUAAAUUGUUAAAACUCGAACAACAGGUAAAGGCAGCUUCGAAAUUGACAUUUGCUUUUAUUGAAGGCUCUCUAGUUAAAGCUAUGCAGGAAGGACACUGGGUUUUAUUAGAUGAAAUUAAUUUAGCGUCAGCAGAAAUUCUAGAAUGCUUAGCAGGUUUGCUGGAAGAUAAAAACGAUACCAUAGAUUUAUUAGAAAAAGGCGAUAAGGUUCCUAUAAAAAGACAUCCAGAGUUUACUCUUUUUGCAUGCAUGAAUCCCGCUACGGAUGUGGGUAAAAAAGACUUACCACCAGGUUUACGAAAUCGAUUUACGGAGUUUUACAUCGAUGAAUUGACCGAGAGGAAUGAUUUAAUGUUGCUUAUCGGUGAUUAUUUAUAUCAUAUGAAUCUAAGUGGAGCUGUUAUGGAGGCGAUAUAUAGUUUUUACGCUAAUAUAAAAAAAGAAGCUAAGAUAACUCUGGUGGAUGGAUCAGGGAAUGCACCUCAUUAUUCACUAAGAACACUGUGCAGAGCUUUGACAGCAGCUGCCAAAGCUAAAUGUGGAACAGUGUCCAGGUCGUUGUAUGAAGCUUUUUGUUUAUCUUUUCUAACUCAGUUAGAUAGCUCUUCACAUCCUAAAGUUGAAGCUAUGAUAGCUAAGGCUGUUAUCGGUAAAAAAAACGUGACAUCGGUAAUUAAUCAAAUGAUCCCAGAACCACAAGUUUUAGGACAGAACUACUUGCUUUUCGAAGGCCAUUGGAUACCACAAGGCAAAUUAGAAAUAGCUAUACCUGAAGACUAUAUACUAACACCUACAGUUAGAAAAAAUCUUCGUGAUAUAGCUCGUAUUAUAUCGUUAGGACGCUUGCCCAUUCUCUUGCAAGGAGACACAUCGGUUGGAAAAACUUCCCUUAUCACUUACAUUGCUAAGGCUUCGGGCAAUUAUUGCGUCAGAAUAAAUAAUCACGAACAUACGGAUCUCCAAGAGUACAUAGGAUCGUAUGCCAGUGAUUCUUCUGGUAAACUUGUAUUCAAGGAAGGAGUUUUAGUCGAAGCAAUGAGAAAAGGAUACUGGAUCAUUCUGGAUGAGCUGAAUUUAGCACCAAGUGACGUUUUAGAAGCCCUCAAUCGUGUAUUGGACGAUAAUCGUGAAUUGUUUAUACCAGAAACACAGCAGGUGGUCAAAGCUGAUCCUAAUUUCAUGCUAUUUGCUACACAAAAUCCGCCGGGAUUGUAUGGGGGCCGCAAAAUGCUUUCAAGAGCAUUUAGGAACAGAUUUGUCGAAUUACAUUUCGACGAGAUACCAAAAGCCGAACUUCAAACGAUUCUACACCAAAGAUGUCACGUGCCACCUGCGUACAGUAAAAAAAUGAUAGCUGUUAUGUCUGAGCUUCAGAUACGGAGACGUGGGUCAGCUGCUGUACAAGGCAAAGAUGGCUUUAUCACCCUCAGAGAUUUGUUCAGAUGGGGACAGCGAUACAAACAUGCUUCUAAAGAAGCUUUAACCGAUGAUAAAUUCUACGAUUGGGACCAACACAUCGCAGACGAAGGUUAUCUUAUUUUAGCUGGUAAAGUGCGACAAACUGAUGAACGGUCUAUUAUAGAAGAAGUUAUAGCAAAACACAUAAAGAGAAAAGUUAAUCCUUAUAAUCUUUUUAGUCUUCAUGCGAGUACCUCUCCAGUUACCAAGUUUAUCUUAGAAACCAUCCUGAAUAACCAGCUGCACGAAUUUACUCAUGUAGUAUGGACUUUUAAUAUGAGAAGACUAGCUGUUUUAAUAGCUAAAUGUUUCAGUUUUGAUGAGCCUGUGCUAUUAGUAGGAGAAACGGGCUGUGGUAAAACUACUAUAUGUCAAGUUCUCGCCGCUUUGAAUAAUCGUCAGCUUUUAACAGUUAAUUGUCACAUGCACACAGAAAGUUCUGAUUUCUUAGGAGGACUUCGACCUGUUCGUCAAUAUAAAAACGAUGGUAGACUUUUUGAAUGGGUUGACGGACCACUUAUAAAAGCUAUGGAGACAGGCGACAUGUUUUUAGCUGAUGAAAUAUCAUUAGCAGAUGAUAGUGUUUUAGAAAGACUGAAUUCUUUACUUGAACCUGAGCGUCAACUUGUGUUAGCUGAAAGAGGGAUGGAAGAUAAUUCUGAUAUUGUUGUGAUAACAGCAAGCAAAAACUUCCAUUUUAUUGGUACUAUGAAUCCUGGAGGAGACUUUGGUAAGAAAGAGCUUUCACCAGCGCUUCGGAAUCGAUUCACAGAAAUAUGGUGUGAUAGUGUUACUUCUAGAGAAGACCUUUUAAAAGUUCUUGAAAAAAGUGUCAACAAGGGUGUAUCGUUAGGCAAUCAAGAAGAUGGAAGCUCCGGAAUCGGUACAUCAAUAUUAGAUUUCACGGAAUGGUUGAAAAAUUCAGAAGCUACUAGUAAAUUCCCAUUUACCAUUCGAGAUCUACUUUCGUGGGUAUAUUUCAUUAACGAGACAGUAGCUAAAGGAUUAUUGGAUACCCCUGAAGCUUACGUUCAUGGUGCUUGCAUGACUUUCCUUGACUGUUUCGGUACAGCCCUAACAGGACAUACAGAGUCAAAGACUCUAGAUACUUUAAGAAAAACAGCGAUUGAUUUUCUUUUGAAUCAAAUUAAAAUGGUUGGCAGUGAAUACUUGCAAAGUCUUAAAUAUAUUCUAAGUACCAAGAAAACGAAAUUUAAAGCUAGAACUAACUGUAACAAAUUUGGCAUAAAACCUUUCUAUAUUGAAGUAGGGGAAAAACCACGCGUUUCUGAUGAAGAUGAAACAUUUACGUUUUCUGCACCUACAACUGGUAGCAACACUCUGAGGUUAUUGCGCGGUUUACAGCUGAAUAAGGCAAUUCUUCUAGAAGGCAACCCUGGUGUUGGGAAAACUAGUUUAGUGACAGCACUUGCUAAAUCUUCUGGGCAUAAUGUUGUACGCAUUAAUUUGAGUGAUCAAACUGAUAUAACAGACUUAUUUGGAACAGACCUACCAACAGAGGAUGGUUCUUUUACUUUCAAAGAAGGAGCUUUUCUAAAUGCCCUUCAAAACGGCGACUGGAUUCUAUUAGAUGAGUUAAAUCUCGCCCCUCAACCAGUUCUCGAAGGUCUUAACGCUUGCUUGGACCACCGAGGCGAAGUAUUCAUUCCUGAGCUUAGUAAAACGUUUAAAGUCAAAGAACAAACUAGAAUCUUUGCUUGUCAGAAUCCCUUAAAGCAGGGAGGUGCUAGAAGAGGUCUACCAAUUUCGUUUCUAAAUAGAUUUACUCAAGUGUAUAUCGACACUUUGACAAAGGAUGACUUACUUUAUAUUGUGGAAUCACAGUACCCCACGAUGCAUAAAGAUAUCGCACGUAAAAUAGUUACUUUCAACUGUAAAGUUGCUAAGGAAAUCACUGUACUGCAAUCUUGGGGUCAUUUAGGAGCUCCUUAUGAAAUGAAUUUGAGGGACAUACAAAGAUGGUGCGAGGCACUCUUAAAUGAUCAACUGAGUGCUAAACCACCACGUCCUGGAAAGUACGUUGACAUGCUCUAUGUAAAUCGUAUGAGAACAGCAGAAGAUAAAGAAAGAAUGGCUGCUACGUAUGACCGAAUCUUUUUUCCUAGGUAUCCAAGAAGCGUCAGUAAUCCCCAGAUUAGAAUAACAGAUGAAGAAAUAUUUAUAGAUGACGUUUCAUUGCAACGAAAUUUAGAUAAAACUUUUAGAAAUCGACGAGCAAUUACAACAAAUUUACGGGUAUUGAGAAAUCAACUACCCACUCUGAAAGCUUUGGCUCAAAGUAUUAAAAUGAACUGGUUAUCUAUACUAGUUGGGCCUACAGCUACAGGAAAAAGUAGUAUUGUACAAGUACUUGCCGAUCUAACUGGCAACGAAUUACAAGUAGUUCCUGUCACAUCAGCUAUGGACGUUUCCGAUUUGCUAGGUGGAUUUGAACAAGUAGAUUACAACAGAAAUCUCGAAAGCCUUUAUGAUAGAAUUAAGACUCUCACAAUACAAACAACUAGGAAUAUAUGGCUGCAGAACGAGGUUAAAGAAUGGAAAUCAAAACCGUUGCUAAGUAAUCUGUAUCAGUACGAGGCACUACAAAUAGUUUCCAGUGAUGAAGUGACUACAGAUAAUAUGGAGAACUUUAGACAAAGAAUAGAAUUUCUUCUGAACCAUUGUGAUAAAUUACUUCAAAAUAAUAAACGAUUGAAUGACAGGACCAAAAUUAACGACGCCAUAACAUGCUUAAAGAAGCUACAAAACAAAUUAUCUUCAAUGACGUCCGUAAACGCUGGCGGGAAAUUUGAAUUUGUUGACUCUUUACUUGUGAAAACAAUGAUUGAGGGAUCUUGGCUGCUCCUCGAUAAUGUCAACUUGUGUUCAGCCGCAGUCCUCGAUAGGCUGAACGGUUUAUUAGAACCGAAUGGAGUACUAAGUAUACCGGAAAGAGGAGAUUUCUGUGAAAUAAGACCACAUCCAAAUUUCAGAGUAUUUUUUACAAUGGACCCGAAGUAUGGAGAGAUUUCUAGGGCGAUGAGAAACAGAGGGGUUGAAAUAUUCUUGCUAAGACCUAGUGACUUUAACACUAACUUAUCAGAGACUGUGAGUUACAUGGAUUUGACGGCGAUGCUAUCUUCAUGUGGUUUGCCUAGUCAAUACCAUGAGAUGUGCAUUAAAUGCCAUGAUUUGAUGAAGUCAUAUGUACGAGGCUUCGAGCGUCCUACGAUUUCGCAUUUGUUACAGGCGGCACACUUAACUUGGCAACAAAUAGUCCGAGGCAUUAACGUAGAAACUGCUUACAUUAGCAGUUUCUCUGAUGUUUAUAUCAAACCAAGAUGCGGAGGGGACUUCGACUCGAACAUUAUAAUGUCUCUUGCUGAAAUGAAAAAUGUUAUGAUGCAGGCGCUAACAGAAGCAGUAACUGGUCAAGAGUAUAGAAAAUGUAUCAACACAGACCACACUCUUACCGUCAAAGGACUUUGUUCAAAUUCUUCAAUAGAAAUCGCUAAGCAAAUUGCUUAUGUCGCUAUUCAAGCUGUUUCUAUCAAUUCUAUCUCAGUUUUCUCUAGUCUGUUUACUGUGUAUCAAAAAGUUUCUAAAGAUCUAUUAGAGUUGGUUCACGUUAUUGUACAAGAUGCUUUGAAAGAUCAGUCCAUGGGGUCAAUGUGUGAAUUUGCGAAAUUACUAAACGAUCAAGCAUUCCACUACUUGUCAAGAUAUAAACAUCUGAGUUCUUACGAUAGAUUUUACCCAGCACCAAGGAAUUCAAGUAACACAAUUUUCUACUCUUCGAACAAACAGUCGUUAUUAUUCUACAAUAAUACUCUAAAGAAUGUCAUAUCAUAUAUGCAAAAAAAAAAAUCAAAGAAAUCCUUUUCGAUAUUGGAUUAUUCUAGGGCUGUAUUGUCACACGAUCUAACAGAUGAUUUUGUUGAAUACCCUAUUCUAAAACACUGUCAAAGCUAUCUUAUUAUUGUUGAGGAGUAUAUUACACGCGCUAUUAGAUGUGCUCAAGAUAACCUAAACGAUGAAAGAACCUGCCAUAUCAUGCAAGCAUUGAAUUGGCGUAGUCGGUUGUUUAUACAGUUAAGCAACGAUAUCUUUGUUCAGUCUGAAGGUAGUAGCCGACAAGUCUUAAGAGAAGAUGUCGUUCCAUUAUUAUAUGCUCAUAGUAAAUGGUUACAUAAACAUUUGAUUUUACCCUUUGCUGAAAUUUCACAUGAAAAUAAUGAUUUGGUCAAAGAGUUUAAUGCUCGAGUUAAAUACGUAAUGAAGAAUAAUGAUCAAGACAAUACACAAAUGAUUAAAGUUAGCAAAAAGCUUAGAAAAAUGUAUGGUCAACCAAAAUUGUUUUUCAACAAAGAAGAAUAUGAUAUUAGCAGCGAGAAAACAAAAAUAUACCGCCAAUUAUCGUUAGACAUGGGGCAACCUAUUUCAAAGCAGUUGAACAAAUUUUGUGUGAAUAACUACAUUGUGACGGAUAUGAAUAUGGCUUUAGACGUGCCCAAUAAAGAAACCCUAGCAGUAAUUCAAGUAAAUAUGUCUAAGGAACUAGAAAACGAUCAAAUCAUCAGAGUAGCUCCACAAGUUAAACUACUGCCUCUGAUCUCAUAUGUCAUUCAAAGAAUGUUUACCAUAGUACAAGGGGAUUUUAUAGAGAUGAUCUCUCAAUUGACAAAUGUAGAAGAUCAGCCUAAAGUGGUUAGUAAAUUUUCUGAUGUUUUGGUGAGUCUGAUACACUUAGGUAAAGUGACUAAUGGAUUUCCUCCUGCUUUGCUGAACCUUAUUGAAGUAAUGGUGCACUUACAAGAAUAUCAACCAGAAAUCACGGGAAGAAUAUCAUCUAUUCCAGUAAAGUUUUGGGAUGAGUUUUACAAAUCUCUCGUGUAUGCGCCGGCUUUUUAUCCUGUGCCAUUUUUGACUGCACAAAUAAUGGAAAGUCCAGAGGACAGGAGAUUAGACGAAGUCCCGAUCAACAGCGAGAGAUGGUCAAGCGGUUUGGCUCUGUUGCCUUAUUACUUGCAGAAAUUCACUGUCUCUACUGAUAAUGCAGAUUCAAAACAUCUUCUCGCAUACGAAGCGGUGUCCUUGGAGGAUAGAACAGAUUAUUCUACGCAACUGGGUACCAUUUUGAAUAUUUUGUGGAAGAACAUUGCAACUUUGAAUACGGGAGCCUCUUCAAAAAUAAUAUCGGACAGAAAAUUUGAAAUGAAGAAAUAUGAGAAACUGUUAUCGUGUUUGAAUUCCUUAAAUGUAAAUGAAAGCAACUCAUUUGAUGAUAUUCUUACGAAGGGGAUACAAAAAGUUCUAGAACAUAUCAAAGACGAAAACUUUGUUAACAUUUUAACAACAUCUUACAACGUUUAUUCGGAACUGAGAAGUGUGCUAGAGAGUGAUGGGGCAAGGAUGAAAAUCUUAACUGCACAAUUAUCACUUUUAACGAGUUUUCUAUUCAUCCAAGUAAUGUCUGAGGUUAACUCGGUAGAUCAUGUUGAGAAAUACCGACUCAAAAGUCGGUAUAUUGAAGAAGAUAUAUCAAUAUUUAAUAGUCUUCUUAGCUCUUACUACUUCCACGGUCUUGUAUCUGGGAGUGUUAGCGAUAAUAGGAAGAUCGAAAAGCCAUCCGACGUCGACGUAACUGAGCUAGAAACUAGCCUAUUUCGUGAAGUUACAAAAGUGCAUCCGUACUGUGAAAUUAUCAUAAAUUUGAAAACACAGACUGUAGAAAGGGCUGCCAAGUAUGCUCUAGGAAACACGUUCAGACCUGGCGAGCCGUCUUACACUAGCUUUAUGAAAGAUUGCAAACAUUUCACAAAAUCAGUUUUGUCUUCAGAAACUACCAACGAGUUAAUGAGAGACUUAAUGUCAACAUGCAAUAAUCUUAACAUAUACUUCACAAACAAAUCCAUAAACGAGUCCGAUGUUCGAAACGGACAUGUUGUUACAAAACAGACGAGUUCUUGGCUUUACUCAGUUAACGCCUUUUAUAAAAAAGUCGAACAAUAUACUGACGCGCUACCAGACUUAGCAAAACCUCUGCUAAGUUCUUUGUCACAGAUAAUAUACAGUGUAACGACUUUAAAUGAUUUGAUAAAGGAAUUUAUAGUUAAAAUAGAAAACGGCCCACUCUUUAUGAAUUUUGUCGAAGAAUUGAUGAUUUUUCCAAAUAAAAUACCCAUUAAAGGUGUUACCGAAGAAUAUUUGAAUAGGUUUCUCUCAGAACAAUUCGUUCUGCUGUUGAAUAAAGCUUCUAUAGGCAGUGAUGGUAAUUCUGUAGCUGACAUGGAACGAAUCCAGCUAUUGAAGAUGAACCUGGAUGAGUUGAGAAUGCAUUGUACCGCGUUGGAUAAACUUGAUAAGUCUACGGCACUCGCGGUAACCUCUACUCUAAAUGAAAUGGUGAAGGUGUGGGAACAGCAGCAGCGAGAUAUUGAAAAGCAGAAGCAAGAUGAUGAGGCCUUAUAUGUUACGAAAUCAAAGUGCGAGGAUGAAGAUGAGGAAGCGAUAGCCAACGAAGAGAUACAACAAAUGUUCCCGUCAUACUCCGAUUUAGAUUUCGCCGAGUUCAAACCGAAUACUUUAGAACAAGUACCAGAUAAACCACAACGCACAUCGGAGAACAAACCAAAAGCCUUAAUAGGUUCCCAGGACGUAACUUUAGUAUACAAAUGGCAUUCCAAUUUAGUCCGUACGAUGACUUCGGCAGAAUGGUUGCCUGCCCGAAAAAAAUUGGUCGGCAACGAUGUUAUAAGCCCGUUUUUACAGCGAUAUAGUACAUUUAGUCGAAUAAUGACUUAUGCGUGGAAGGCUCUGGAUGGUGAAUUUGAAGGGGUGCUAUCGCCAAGUUUUAUGGUGCUUUUGUCGCAGAUCAAGGCCAAAGUGGAUGGCGAGGAAACAUCAAGCAAGGUGGACUUCUACAAAUCUGCAUGGGUGUCUGAGACAAAACAAUGUGUUCCUUUACUUCAUAGAGUGAAAGAAAGCACCAACACGUUAUUGGACCAGUGGCCAGAUUUCCCUACCUUAAAAGAGAUAAUGGUCAUAGUAAACAGGAUACUUGGCUUUUCAAUAACCAGUCCAGUGAGCCGUUUCCUCACUGGCCUCGAGUUAUUGCGGGAUAAGAUCGAGGAAUGGAAUAAAAAUGCUCAUAAAGGGAACAAUUUAAUUGACGUAUCGCUAGCAGUGGGUCAGCAAAUCAUCAAUUGGAGAAAACUAGAGAUGGCGAACUGGAAAGAAUGCCUUAAUAAUUUGUAUCAUAGAAAGCAAGCAGAAGCUCACAAGUACUGGUUUUACCUAUAUUCAGUGAUCAAAUCUUAUUUAGAAAAGUCGGAGCAAAAUCAGGCCGAAAGAGUCAUCUCUGUUUUGAGGGACUUUAUGGAAAAGUCUAACUUGGCCGAGUAUGAAGUGAGGCUUGACAUCAUUUUUGUUUAUCAUUGUCAUUUGAUUCAUUUGGAACAAAGCGAACAACGAGAUGAACUCCUCGCAAUCCUUUGGAACACGUACAACUACUACACCCAAUUCAGCGCCCAAAUAGCCUCCCAUAUCAAAGAGAAACGUGCGCCUAUUGAGAAGAAAUUACGGGAUUUUGUCAAAAUAUGUACUUGGGACCGAGAUCUUAGCUACUGGAGCGUCAAGGACACAGUUGAAAAAGCUCAUAAAGCUUUACACAAACAUACAAAGGAGUUUGAGAACGUUCUUAAAGAGAGUGUAGGUAGCUGCCUUGUGGACAAUACAACAGAGGUGAUAGGCGACCACGUUGGUAUUUGGGACCGGCCCAAACGGGCCACAGCCGCCGCAGCUCAAGCCGGCGGAGCCUACAUGAUCGACGUAACCAACCACAUAGUACUGGCCAGGAAUAUUAAGAAAUAUCUAGACGAAGCAGAGCAGCCAUGUAAGCUUGUACCUGGCGAUAGUUCACUCAUAUCAAAGGUACCAAACCUGUUAAACAAGGCGCGAACUUUGUGCAAGGAUACUAUUACUAAUACUGCUUAUCCGGCUAUGGUUCAAGCGUUGGAUGAUUUCGUAACAACGGUUAUCGAAACUAGCACACAUCUUGGCUCUUUGGAGGUGGACACAUCGCUACCGAAAGAGAAACAAACAUCUCAAGCUAAGAACUUCGUACAACAGAAGCGUAAAGCAUUGGCUGAUCUUUUCAAGUACCUAACCAAACUUGGCCUCAACUACCGCACCGGUCUAUUCAUACUAAGUGCGGCAGAUAAAGAUUUAUAUGAUUUCACUAUACCACCUGUUGAUAUAGAAGCAGCUGUUAGCUAUUUAAAGAGCAGACGUUGCGACGCUUCUUUAUCAUUGUUGUGGUCUGGCUGUGAGAAGUACUUCCAAAAGAACAUAGCUCGUCACAGAACCUUGACGUUGGCGUUGCAACAGCCUCACCAAGAUUUGGGUAUACAGAACAUCGAAAGAUGUAAAGGCUUCGCCGCACAAUUAUUGAAACUCACGAAUACACAAAAGAAGUCCAUAGCUAAAUAUUCAGAACAUCUCUGCGACUUACGUACUCUGAGUACGAGCCUGAUGAAUAUUUUAGAUAUAAAUAGCACUCGCGUAAAUCUGUCCACUUUGAUUUCAAAACUAGAUCUUUUAACAGAAUGCUAUGCGAACGCGGGUAUCGUUCUUGAACAAUUUAAUGUACUAAUAAAGUCGUGCCCAGAAAAGGGUGUUAAUUCAGAAUCGGAGCCAGACUUUGACUGUAUUAUUUCGGACUCGAAAAUAGUACGCUGCUACAAAAACAGCGAUGAAUGGAAAGACUUGUAUAAAAAAGUCAAAACUCUAAUAAGUAAUAUCAACAAGCAAAAAAAUGCUUUACAAAAAGUUGCUAGCAAUGUCCCUAAAGAUGUAUGCCUAGUUAAAAAGAACAUUCUCGUAAUAUCGCAGAACCACAUUGACGUUGCAAAAGAUUGUAUAGAGAACUUAGAAAAUAUGCUUCACGAUGUCGAGCUUCUAAUAAACGACUAUCAAUUAACAUUCAAGUUACCGAUAGAAGAUUGUAAACCACAACAUCCUAUAUUAAGAAGCCUAGUGGAGUUGAGCAAGUAUUUGAGCGCCACAUCUGAGAAACUUAAAAAGCUUGACACGGAUAAAGGUGAUAAAUUGUUCGAACAAAUGGAUUCAGCACCAAGUGACAUUAUAAUACGGCAGACAGAAGACUUAAUAGCUACAAUGCUCCUAAUUAUUCAAUCAGUAUAUAAAAAUCAUUUGCCACAAGACCCUACGGAAAACGCAGAAGUUUUGAAUGCUAUUGAUGAAAUAAUAAAGAAUGAUAGCAAGGAAGAAUCGAAAGACAUUGUAGAAGACAAACACUUAAAGAAACAUUUGGAAGAGAAAUUGAGUAACGAUUCCAAAAUGUUACAGCUAGAGGCUCUAAUAAAUAAAACACAAUGUCUGUUGUUAAGUUACGUCAGCUAUUUAACUGAAGAUAAAAAUGUUGAUGAUGUAAAGAGUGUGGUGAUGCGGCUGGUGCCAAUAUUGGAGCAGACAGUGUUGUUUGUGCAAUACUUUAUCACUCAAAAGGUGGCUGUGCAUAGAGUGUCGUGCAAAAUGCUGUCUGUUUUACUUAAAAUUUUCUCCGAUUUAGCUUCUAAAGGUUUCUGUAAGCCUUCAGAUCUAGAUAUGGAAGAAGGUGAAGGGGAAGGUGGCCCUGGAAAGUUAUCAGGCGGCACGGGACUAGGAGAUGGCGAGGGACAGAAAGAUGUGUCUGAAAGAAUUGAAAAUCAGGAUCAACUUGAUGAUGCUCAACGUCCUGGCGAAGAGAAAAAUGAAGACAAUAGAGAUUGCAAAGAGGAAGAGAAAGGAGUUAACAUGACUGAUGACUUCGAUUCACAUCUGCAAGACGUUGAGAAGAAAGAAGGCGAUGAAUCUGAUAAAGAGGACGACGAGGACGACGCUGAUAAACAAAUGGGUGAUACUGAUAAUGCUGCGGAAAAACUUGACCAACAAAUCUGGGGUUCAGAAGAUGAAGAAGAGUUGGAGGAAGAUCAAGGUCAGAAAAAAGAUAAGGAAGAAAAGGGCAAGGGUGAAAGUACAGGGGAGAAGGAAAUGGCUGCUAAAGAUAAAGAACAAGAACAGGGAACUGAUGACGGUGCCGAAGGGAAAGACAAAAAGGAGAAGAAAGAUAUUAACGAAAUGAAGGAACCGGAAGUCGAUGAUGAUCACGUUGAUCCAUACCACGGCAACCAACAACCAAUGCCCGAACCUGAAGACUUUGAGCUACCCGAUAACAUGGAUGUGGAUGGUGAAGAGGCUGGUGAUGAAAAUGAAGGUGAAACCGAAACUGAGAACCCGUUCGAUAUAGACGUUAUGAAAGAAAAUAUAGCAGAGGAAGAUGAACAACAGGGAGAUAAAGACGAUGAAGGCAAAGACUAUAAAGCUGGACUUGACGUGUCUAGUGAUGAAGAAGGUGAUGGUGAUGAUAAGGAAGGUGACGGUGAUAAUAAGGAAGUGGAUGAAGAGGAUGACGGGAAGGAAAAGAGUGAAGAAAAUGACUCCGAUAAACCAGAUACUACAGAAGGCAUUGAAGAUCAAGAUACAGAAGGUGGAGAAAAACAAAAUCCAGAAGAAAAAGAACAACCAGAAGAAUCAGAAACUGUAGAGAAUGAGGAGAAAGAGGAAUUGCCAAAGAAUCCAGAGAAUAUAAACGAAGAAGAUGAAGUGGAACAAAAGGAUCACGAAGCAAAUCCACAAGCAAAUCCAUCUAAUAAUGAUCCAACUGCAGAAGAAAGGGCAGAGAAAGCUGAAAUGGCCAGAGGCACCGAUGAUAACGUUGAGACUAAUGCUGAACAGCAGAAAGAUGAAGAAGCCGCUGCUAGUGAACAAACUCAAGAACAAGUUGGGGAAGAAAAGCAAUCAAUGGGUAGAUCAGAAUUAGAUAAGAGUGAUAAGGGUCAUCGCGGUGAGAAACAAGCUGCGAGCCGCGCUGAACGCUCACACGACAAGCGGAAAAAACGAGAGAACAAGCCUGCUGACACUGACCAUGAACGAACCUUGGGUGACGUCAAUGAGAAGAAACGCAAGCAAGCCCAAACACUAAGUGUUGAAAAAGAAAAUGAGAUGGAGGAAGGUGCUGAUAACGAUGAGGACGCUGAAAAGGAAGCGGACGCUUAUCAACAUGUAAAAGAAGCCAAAAAGGAUGAUCUUCAGGCAGUAGACGCAGCAACAAAAGAACAAGCUGAUCAGCAACCAACACUACAACAAGAAGAUGAAGAGGCUGAAACUCUUAAGGAGGAUGAACAAGUUCCUAUGGAUGUGGAUGAGCAAGACAUAGAGAUCCAGAAAACUGAAGAAAUAAAGCCAGAGAAAAUGAAGGACGGGGCAGAAAAAGAGAAAGAGAAGGCGGGUAAUAAGAAAGAGACGGGAGAAGAGCCAACAGGAGAGACUGUUAUGGAAGUGGAAGGAGAAAAUGUAAUUACCGCGCAUGUUCCUAGAGGCACUGAGUCUUCAUACCACACCGGCUCGAACGAUAGACGCGUGGAGACGGAGGCGAUGACGCUAGACACGUACAUGUGUAUCCGCGAGUGGCUGAGCCGGCCCGUGCGCGGCGCGGGCGAGCCGGCGCGCGUGUGGGGCGCGCUGUGGCGCGACGCGGCGGGCGCGGCGCGUGCGCUGUGCGAGCGACUGCGCCUCGUGCUCGAGCCCACCGCGCGCUCCAGGAGAGCCGGUGACUUCAGGACGGGUCGCGCUAUCAAUAUGCGUCGAAUCAUUCCGUACAUCGCGUCUCACUUCCGUAAGGACCGCAUCUGGCUCCGCCGCACGAAGCCCGCCAAGCGCGAGUAUAAGAUUGCAAUAGCGGUGGACGAUUCUAGCUCUAUGUCCGAUAACAGAAGCAAGGAGUUGGCGUUUGAGAGUCUUGCACUUGUUUCUCAGGCGUUAAACCUGUUGGAAUCUGGGGAUCUAGCCGUACUCAGUUUUGGAGAAAAGCCGAAUUUGCUUCAUCCAUUCACCGAACAAUUCACUGAACAUUCUGGAUCAAGGAUUCUAGAACAGCUCCGCUUUGAACAGACGAAAACGAAAAUUGCUCAAUUGCUAGAUUUUAGUACCAUUAUGUUUGAAGAACAAACAAUGAGAAGUGACGCCCCUAAUGCAAAGCUGCUGAUAAUUGUGAGUGACGGCAGGGGAAUAUUUAGUGAAGGAGAGACAACAGUACUACAGGCGGUGAGAAGAGCGAGACAGCAAGGAAUAUUCUUGGUCUACGUUAUCAUUGACAAUCCUGACAAUAAGGACUCGAUAAUGGACAUCAGGCGGCCGGUGAUGGACCCCGAGUCGAACUCAUUCGUGCGCUUUGAAUCAUACUUGGAUACAUUCCCGUUCCCCUUCUACCUUAUAUUACGAGACAUGUCUGCACUACCUUCAGUACUAGGAGACGCUAUGAGGCAAUGGUUCGAACUCGCUGCUAAUACAACCUAA